CCUUUGGCUGUUGGUCGUUGGUUAAACCGGACUGCAUUUAGGUAUGCAAUGGUUUAACUCGGUUGUUGUAGCAACCGCCUCAAAACGCAACAGCUUGGUUUUGCUUUGAGUUGCUCUCUUUAGCUAAAUAUUAUUUGAAGAACCGGUUAAAACCUAUUAGUCUACGUUCAUGUGCGAGCUUUGAAGUGUGUGUUUACCUUGGAUAAAGGUGCAUUAAGUAUCACAACUCAGCUAAAUGCUAAUGAGCAAACUACGCUAAUCUGUGCACUAAUUUAGCUAGGCACGUCUACAUUCUGGUAAAUAACGUUCCAUUUGUUUGCCCAUCGCAUGUUGGUGUAAAUUACUCGUUUUAUAGUUUCACCAUGUCGGCUGUUAGCAGUCUCGUCCCUGCACGGUUCCUGACUAUCACAGCUCACCUUGUCAUUGUUAUCACAAUCUUUUGGUCGAGGGAAAACAACGUGAAGGCUUGCUUGCCUUUGGAUUUCACGCAAGAGCAGUAUGACAAUGAAGACAGGAAGUUGGUGGCGGCAUUGGCGGUCACCCUCGGUCUCUUUGCUAUAGAGUUGGCUGGGUUCUUCUCAGGAGUGUCCAUGUUCAACUGCAGCCAAGGUCUCCUGUCACUUGCUGUCCACUGCAGCGCUUCCGUAUCCUUGUCUUUCUUUGUGUUUGACAAGUGGGAAUGCUGGACGUAUUGGGUUAUUUUUGCCAUUUGCAGUGUGCUACCUGCCUUUGUGGAGAUUGUUCUGUUUAUAGCCGUUUUUGGACUGAAGAAGAAGCCAUUAUGAAAGAAACUCCUGAAGCUACAAUUGAGUGUGGAUGUGGACAACUGCCUCGCUUUAUCAACAGACACUGUAGCUACAGAGGGUCUGUGAUUCAAUAAUAAUGUGCAGAGGAAUUAACUGAAAAACAGUGUUUUACUGACUUAUGUGAACACUGCACCAACAAACAUCAAAAGGAUAUACAGGCCAUUUUCUAUCUGUCGUUAUAUAUAUUUUUUAAUUUUGAAUGAAAUUGAUUCAAUUAGGUUUUCCUUUAUCUGUAAACAUUGAUGUGGUGGUUAUAUUUGCAUUCUAUCUGUUGAAUUUCUAGGGAGGUUCUCGACGGCUAUUAUGAAGCGAAUACAUUUUGUAUAAAUCCUUUCUUACUGUUGAUGGUCAUUAUUUAUUUUUUCUCUGAUUUUUCCUUUGGCAAUUGUGUUUAUUUUUUGCAUCUCCCGGACACAUUUUUCACAGCAUAGGCCUAUAUAUAUAUAUUUAUAUUUUCUUAUUGUUUCAGGAUAUCAUUCACCUCGGGCUGGCAGACAACUCACUGCUCCGUAGCCACUGCUCCGCAGUCUCUCUUGUGAACUGGACUCAACAUGCAUACCUUCACACUUAACAUUGUACAUUUACAUUAUACUGAUUUAAUAUUCCAUUUCAUUGCCUUAUUUGUAUAUUUCUUUUUAUUCUUUUUUAGUUUUUAGUUCUAAUUAUUUGUUAUCUGUUUUGCUUCUUUUGUAUUUGGCUGCUGCAACGAAAAAAAUGUCCCAGUUUGGGAUAAAUAAAGUAUUUCUGAUUCUGA